AUGGUGGCUUGUAAUACUCCUGAUGGUUAUUCUGGCAUUGUCUUUAUCUGCGGUGAAUGUAAAAAUGAUUAUGGUAAUAAUACUCUUCCAGGAUGUGAGAAAUGUGGUAGUCAUUUAAAAGCUAAAUCAACUAAAUCACUUUCUGACAAGAACUACUUUCACAAGCUUUCA